AUGCAGAUCACCAGUGUCAUGCUCAGCCUUGCCAGUCUCGGCCUGAACGUUCUCCCUGUUCAGGCCGGACCCAUCCCCGGCGCUGAAGCCGCUCUGGCGGCUCGCCACGUCUACUCUCCUGACGUUGACGAGGCCCCCGUUGCCAAGCGCCACGUCUACUCUGUCGACAAGGACGAGACCGCCCCAGUUGCCAAGCGUCACGUCUACUCCGUUGACAAGGACGAGGUCGAGAAGCGUCACGUCUACUCCCCUGAUGUUGAUGAGGCCCCCGUCGCUAAGCGUCACGUCUACUCCGUUGACAAGGACGAGGUCGAGAAGCGUCACGUCUACUCCCCUGAUGUUGAUGAGGCCCCCGUCGCUAAGCGCCACGUCUACUCCGUUGACAAGGAUGAAGUCGAGAAGCGCCACGUCUACUCCCCCGACGUCGAUGAGGCCCCCGUUGCCAAGCGCCACGUCUACUCCGUUGACAAGGAUGAAGUCGAGAAGCGCCACGUCUACUCCCCCGACGUCGAUGAGACCUCUUCAUAA